AUUCAGCCUCUCCAGUAAUCGAUCCCCUUCUCCUUCCCCUCCUUCUCCGGCCAACAAACAUGGUAAAGAAGCAGGAAUCCUCCACCCCGGCGGCCGGCGGGACGCCGUGGAAGGGGCGGCUCCGCUCGCACCACGCGACUCCGGUCAGCUCUCCCUCUCCGUGGAUCCAGUCCAGGUCCAGGAACCGCGACGAGGACGCGGAGGCCGGCAAGUUCAAGAAGCAGGCCGCCCCCACAGCCCGGGGGAGAAGCGGCUGCACCCGCGACGAGAGCGGUGGAGCUGCGGGACGACCUCCGAAGGCUCUCCCACGCCGGUCGGCGCGGUUUGCCGGCCGGGAUCCGGAGCCCCCUAUUGUGCUCGACGCGGCGGACGAGGAAUGCAAAGUCAGGGAUAACCAAUCAGCGAUUGUGCCUCUUCAGAAAUCUACACGGUUCCAACGAGGUGAUAAGAGUGUGAGCAAGCCCUUAGUGGAGAACCAAAGUCACCACAGACUGCUGCCGUUCACACCAAAUCCCCGGGACAUUGCCCAUAACAGCAAGACUAGAAAUGCUGUUAAGAAAGACAAGAAACUAGAGAAUCCACCAAGGAGUAGCCAGAGAAUUAGUGCAGUAAAAGCUUCUGCAAGGAUGGGAAAACACAAGCUGCAGACAGUAUAUGAAGAUUCCCAAGAUGCACCUGCCAGGAAAAAGACUGCAGAUGCAUAUUACAAAAAGAGUGAGAUGCAAGAGCCAAAUCCCCGGGACAUUGCCCAUAACAGCAAGACUCGAAAUGCUGUUAAGAAAGACAAGAAACUAGAGAAUCCACCAAGGAGUAGCCAGAGAAUUAGUGCAGUAAAAGCUUCUGCAAGGAUGGGAAAACACAAGCUGCAGACAGUAUAUGAAGAUUCCCAAGAUGCACCUGCCAGGAAAAAGACUGCAGAUGCAUCUUACAAAAAGAGUGAGAUGCAAGAGCCAAAGCCACCCAGUCGUGGUGAGGACCUGACAGGAAAGAGGAAGAGAGGCACCGGAAGAAAGCAGGCAUCAAAGAAGCAAACUCACCAGGAGCACAAAUCUGAUUGUCAAGAAAUUGUGCCCAUCACUGAGCCCCAAAACAUCAUCCACAAGAAGAGUGAAAAUAACCCUUCUUCCAUAGUGCAGCCUAAAAUUGGUGAUGAAGAGCUAAGUGGGAUUAAAGAAGGGGUACAGCAACAGUGUUGUCCGUCAGAUGAAUGGACAGAAGAGCAGGAUACCAUAUUGCGCCAGGCUUACUUCACUGCUCGACCAUCCCCACAUUUCUGGAAGAAAGUUUCCAAAAUGGUGCCAGGGAGAUCUGCCGAAGACUGCUUCAAUAGAGUUCAUGCUGACCUCUCAACGCCCACUCCAAUUGCCCCUCGUCAUCGAAGUAAAACACAGUUUUCCCCUCUAGCACAUUUCACAUUGUCUGAUCCAAAAUUUCCAAACCUCGUGGAGCCUCUAACGGGAAGACCAAGGACCGCCAAACAAAAGAGCCUAUUAGCACAGAAGACGGUGAGACAUUUGCUGAAGAAGCAUUCCCUCAUUGACCAAGCUCAUGAGGCUGACCACUUCUCUAUAUUUGAAACUUCACCAUCUGCUUUACAAUUGAACAUUCCGCUUGAGGAUUCUCCUGGGACCCCUGAAAAUUAUCUGAAGUCCUUUUCCAUGCACAAGUACAGCGUGAGUUCUUCAGCACAUAAGAGACCGCUGUCAAGGUUGAAAACUAAGCAGACUGAAGAGAGUCCAGCAGUUCUGAAGCCUAUAAAAAACACUGUUUUGCAUGAGAAGUACAUUACGCAGUUGUCCCGAAGAGAAGGUGCAAAAAAGCCUCGUAAGAAGGCUGCUGGCACCAAUGCAACUGAUCCUAAGAGGCCUCUUUCGGAGCAGCAAGCUGGUAGUGUGAAGGCUGCAAAGAAUGCUCUCAUUUCAGAAGCAACAGACUUCAUAGGCCAGUUUAAGAAGUUGCAAGCCAAUUCUCUUGCACACAUUUUGGAAAACAGUGAAGAUGAUGAGGAUUUUUCGGUAUCAUACUAGUGGUUCCAAGCUGCUUUUGUCAUAUAAUACUUGCCCCUCAAUGUUUUUUUUUUGACAGGAAAAAAAAAACAGCUUGAUAGCAUGUUGUCAACUAACUUUAGCUAGUACUCCAUCUAUACCUAAAUACUUGUAGUUGGGGAGAACUAGUCUAGUUCUCCUCAACUAAAGUAUUUAGGUACUCCCAACUACAAGUAUUUAGGUACAACGGGAGUACAAUAAGACUGUAUAAGAGACUAAUGAUAAGUCAUGGAUGUUAUCGUGUGUGUUCUGCCAAGGAACUUAUCAACGCAUUUCUAGCA